AAAAAUAAAAAUCGGUGGAAGUUAAUUCUAAUAUUUGGUGAAAGAUGCCAUGAAAGCGAUUCCACAAUGAUUGCGUUUGGCAGACUCACAAUGUUAAAUAGAAGGCAGAUAUCACAUAACAGAUCCACCAAAUUCCCAGGUGGUUGAAAUGAACGACCAACUUUCAAUGGCCGUUCAUGGCGGUGACACAAAGUUUCACGACAAGUUUUCAGAGUCCAAAUUUCUUACCUUUAUCGGUGCCCAUGAAAUUUUCACAGUGGAGACGUGGAAAGCAGCUUUGGUAGAGUUAAUUGCAACUGGUGCACUGAUGUUCACCCUAACGAGUUGCACUGUUGCAUGUUUGGAAUCACACGAGUCCAAUCCCAAGCUUCUUAUUCCCUUUGCAGUGUUCAUCAUAGUGUUCUUGUUUUUAAUUGUGAUAGUUCCUCUAUCCGGGGGUCAUAUGAACCCUAUUUUCACAUUCGUUGCGGCUCUAAAGGGUAUUGUCACCCUUUCUCGUGCUCUCCUUUACGUCCUGGCACAGUGCAUUGGCUCAAUAAUUGGAUUCUUUGUACUCAAGAGUGUGAUGGAGCCAAAAUUAGCACACACUUAUUCUUUGGGAGGUUGUGCGAUUGGUGACAAAGGACAAGGUUCUUCCAUAAACCUGCAGGAUGUUUUGUUGUUGGAAUUCUCUUGCACACUUCUGGUACUCUUUGUCGGUAUCACGCUGGCAUUUGAUAAGAAAAGGAGCAAGGAAUUGGGCUUUCCAAUGGUGUGUUUCGUGGUAGCAGCAUCCCUCGCACUCGCAGUUUUUCUGUCGUUAACUGUAACAAGGAGGCCUGGUUAUGCAGGUGCGGGCCUCAACCCGGCAAGAUGUUUGGGCUCGGCGUUACUUCACGGAGGCUCACUAUGGAAUGGGCAUUGGAUUUUCUGGGUCGGGCCUUUCUUGGCCUGCAUAAUCUAUUACAGUGUCUCCAUUAGCCUACCAAAGAAGGGUUUGAAUUGGGUGGAUGGAGAAUACGAUAUCUUCAACUUGGCUAUGGGUUUUUGUGGAACCAUCCCUAACAAUUCCGUUUUAAACGAUCUUCCAUGACUCUCACCAAUAAAGGAAAGAUACAACAAAUUUGUGUUAGCUUUUAUGUGAAAAACUUGUUCACUUGCUACUUGUUUUGAUACUAUAUAUCAACUAGACAAUACAAUACAACUUAUAGAACUCACAUUUGCCUUUAUAACAAAUGUUUCAUUCGCAAUGUUUGAUAAUGUAUGCAUUAUUAUAUAUAGUAAAAUAAUCUUACUUGAGAGUAAUCAGAUUUCGUUCUCCAUGGUUUGUAUAUUUUUCAGAUUCACAAAUAGCUCCACAGAAAAACACAAGUUAUGGGAGUAAUGAUAAUUUACAUAUGAAUAAAAUUUUAUUAUAUAUUUGAUGGUUCAUUUAGCCGUGAUAUGUUAAACACGUACGUACAGCUAGGGUGCAGUUUCACUAGAGGAUGGCUGAAGAAGUGUAGAAGAUGAGUCUAGAGGCUCGUGCACUACUGAAUUU